GCAGUCAAAGGCAUCCACAGCAGAGGUCUGAUGAAGGACUAAGACUUCCCAGGUGCCCUCUCGAGGCGCUGCUCCCCUCAAGAAUGCUUACCGGUCACCUCGAGGCUAAGGAGUCAGUGGAGGCCUACCAUGUUAGAGGACCCGAGUCAGGGAGCAGGGGCCAAGCAUGAGAAGGAGAUGGAUGCUACAGCCCAGGUCUCUGGGGAGGACAGCAAACCUGAGGAGCCUGUGGGACUGCAGAAGCAGAUCUGUGACCUUGCAGCAGAGGUCUCAAGACAGGCGUCUUGGUGGUGUGUGGCUCACAGAGACCUCCAAAGCCAGAUCGAUGCUCUGAUGAAGGAGAACCAGGAGCUCCGUGAGGAACUGAAGGCCCUAAAGCAGCAGAGUGUUGGGGCCACAAAAUCUGUAGCCUUGCCGCCCGCAGCAAGAGCAACUGAUACUCUGCCUGUGUACGUAAGAAUAGAGGGGAUCGAUUCAGAGAAAACAACAUCAUGGGACGACAGAGACGAUGUCCCUUCUGGAAGUCUUCAAAACGGAAGCACAAUGGCCACUGGAGGAACAGACUCCUUAGAUGAAAGACUAUCUUUUAUGUCUUUUGAUGAAAAGGUUAUGCACCUGUCUUCCAAGUUUGUGCAAAGGCGCCUUGGCAGGAUUUCACCAGAACCACUAUCGGACACCACAGCUCUGGACACAGAGUCAGUGGCUGAUAUGUGGUCCUCCAACCCAGAGAGUUCUGAAGGUGAGCUUCUCACGCAGGCUCAAGCAAGCCGGCUCCUCCCUAGUUUUUCCCAGAAUGCACUGUGGCUGCAGAAUCUCAUGGCAAGAUCAGGACCAUCUAAAGAAGUACCAGGCUCCAUGAACACCAAGAAGGAUAAGGAGACACAGGAAAAGCGACACCCGAAUGGCAAGGUCGAGCAAGUACUCAGCGACGGGCGGACAAUCAUCACCUUCCCCAACGGAACCAGGAAGGAGAUCAGUGCCGACAAGAAGACGACCCUCAUCAAGUUCUUUAAUGGUGACAUGAAGAAGGUCAAGCCCGACCAGAGAGUGAUUUACUACUAUGCGGAUGCACAGACGACACACACAACCUACCCGGAUGGUGUUGAAGUGGUGCAGUUUCCGAACAAGUGGACUGAAAAAUUCUACCCGGAUGGCUCCAAGGAAACGGUGUUUCCUGACGGGACCGUGAAGCAGCUUAAGGAUGGCUGUGAGGAAACUGUGUUCCCUGACGGGACGUGUGUGACGGUGAAAAGGAAUGGAGACAAGGUCAUCAUGUUCAGCAAUGGACAGAAGGAAAUCCACACAGCCAGGUUCAAGCGGAGGGAAUUCCCAGACGGCACCACCAAGACUGUGUACUGCAAUGGCUGCCAGGAGACCAAGUAUGCCUCCGGGAGGGUCAGGGUCAAAGAUGAGAUGGGAGCUGUCAUUCUGGACUGGAAGUAGCGUAUCCACAGACUCAGUGUCAGGCACUAGGUCCCAGUGACUCGCCGGGAGGUUCCCCUGGCGAGUCUGAAGAUCGCACACACAUCAGGAGUAGAGGGGCAUCCAAAAAUCGUGAAGAGAAAGACCAUCCAGCCACCAUCUGGGGAAGGAUGCCAAAGCAGCAGUGGCCAGGAAAGAGGCUCCCCAAACCAUGGCUCCAGCCUCUGGUCCAGAUGCAGCAUCUCUGUCAGAGGCUGGGCCCGGAGCAGAAGAUGAAAGGGACACAAGCUGGAGCACGGUCAGCCAUGAACACAGCCAAUGCCUGCCUGCUGUCUACUUCUGUCCCUUUUUAGACUCCUCAAGAGUGGGAUCCAGGGGGGUGUAUCUUCACUGGUGCUUAGUGUAUUAAUAGGCAUGAUUUAACCACCUUGAAGUGCCUAGACAGAGCCUCAUGUGGCAUUCUAUCCCAUAAAUUUGAAUUAUGAUCUGUCAAUCAGCAAGGACAUGAAUAAAAGC